AUGGAAAAAAAAUAUGAUGAUAAUAUAACUAAUAACAUGCUCGCAUUGCUUACGGUUAAAUCGGAAGAUGAAAUUAAUCGAUUGUUCAAUAAGAUUCAAGAAAUAGAAUAUUUGACAGGGCGUAAAUUGGAUAAAGAAAAAUUUACAGCAAUUCAUACUCAUCGACAAUAUAAUAUACCAAGUCAUGGACGUGACAAAAGCUUAGUUAGUCGUAAUGUUCUAUCAAAUAAGCGCAGAGCAAAAGUUUCAAAAAAACCCAUUAAAAAUAAAAAAAAAAAAACUGCAAAAACUAAGAAAAAAUCCGAAGUAAUCACUAUUAAUUCUGAGGAUUCAAGUGAAAAUGAUUGUAAGGAAAGCUCAAGCAUUAAUAAACUUGAAUAUCAAGAACGAAUUUUAGCAAUAAAAGAACGUGAGCUAGCCUUAAGAGAACGUGAAGCCAAGGUUCAUUCAAUUGAAUUAGAGAAUCUGGAAAAAGAGCAAAAAUUAAAGUCUGCAAGUUAA